GGGGGGACUGGGAGUGGACGGGAGGUGGACUGGGGGAUACUGGGAUCCAGUUUGGGAGUGUCAGAGUGGAACUGGGCGUGCUGGGCUGCAACUGGGUGAACUGGAAGUGGACUGGGGAGGCCCAGGAUGAACCAACUGGGUGCAGCCACCAACCCAACCCCCCCUGUGUGUGUGUGUGUGUCCCCCCAGUGUCCCCAACCCCCCCAGUGUCCCCCCAGUGUCCCCCCAGUGUCCCCCCCAGCCGAGAUGAGGCAGAGCCCCCCAGAGCGGAGCUUGGGCCAGGGCGCAGCGGCGGCGGCGCGAUGAGCCCCCCGGUCGCCGUCCCCCGCCGGCAGGAUGCUGCUCGCCCUGGCCCUGGCCUGCGCCAGCCCCUUCCUGGAGCCGCCGGCGGCGCCGCGCCGGACGCUCAACGUGGCCGUGAUCCUGAGCGGGGCCUCCUACGGCCCCGCCGGGCCCCGCUUGGCUCCCGGAGCUUUCCGGAACUUCUCUCUGGACGUGAACCCCGUGGGGGUGGUGCUGAACGACACCAACCCGCGCAGCCUCAUCGUGCGCCUGUGCGACGUCCUGUCCUCGCUGCGCAUCCACGGCGUCGUCUUCGAGGACGACACGCGCUCCGAGGCCGUGGCGCAGAUCCUCGACUUCAUCUCGGCCCAGACCUCCGUGCCCAUCAUCGGCGUCAACGGCGGCUCCGCCAUCGUCCUCACGCCCAAGGAGAAGGGCUCCACCUUCCUGCAGCUGGGCUCCUCCACGGAGCAGCAGCUCCAGGUGAUCUUCGAGGUGCUGGAGGAGUACGACUGGACGGCCUUUGCCGUGGUCACCACGCUGCUGCCUGGCUACGAGGACUUCGUGGACUACGUGGAGGUGCUGACCGACAGCAGCUUCAUCGGCUGGGAGCAUCGCGGCGUGGUCACCCUGAACCUGACCGACGACCCCGAGGGCGCGCGGACGCGCCGGCAGCUGCGCGAGGUGACGGCGCAGAUCCGGCUGCUCUACUGCUCGCGCGACGAGGCCGAGCCCGUGUUCCGCGCCGCGCGCGACGCCGGCCUCACCGGGCCCGGCUACAUCUGGUUCGUGGUGGGCACCAACCUGGGUGGCAGCGAGCAGCUGCCCGAGCACGUCCCCGCCGGGCUGUUCGCGGUGCUGUCGGCCGGCUGGCGUGACGACCUCCAGCACCGCGUGCACAACGGCGUGGCCAUCGUGGCCAAGGGCGCCGAGGCGCUGCUGCGCGACUACGGCUUCAUCCCCGAGUUCAACAACGACUGCCGCGCGCCCAACGUCACCCAGAUCAAUGACAACCUGCACAGGUACUUCAUGAACAUCACGUGGGGGCAGAAGGACUUCUCCUUCAACGAGGACGGGUACCUGGUGAACCCCUCGCUGGUCGUCAUCUCCCUCAACAAGGAGCGCAGCUGGGAGGUGGUGGGCAGCUGGGAGCAGCAGGUGCUGAAGCUCAAGUACCCGGUGUGGUCGCGCUACGGGCGGUUCCUGCAGCCGGUGGAGGAUGGGCGGCACCUGACGGUGGCCACGCUGGAAGAGCGUCCCUUUGUCAUCGUGGAGAACAUCGACCCGGCCACCGGCACCUGCAUCCGCGACUCCGUGCCCUGCCGGCGCCAGCUCAACCGCACCGCCAGACCCUGGGGGUGUCCCCACCACUUUGGGGGUCCCCUGCAGCCCCCGCCCUUCGAGAAGAAGUGCUGCAAAGGCUUCUGCAUCGACAUCCUGAAGCGCCUGGCGCGGGCCCUGGGCUUCACCUACGACCUUUACCUGGUCACCAACGGCAAGCACGGCAAGAAGAUCGAUGGCGUCUGGAACGGCAUGGUGGGGGAGGUGUUCUAUCGCCGCGCGGACAUGGCCAUCGGCUCCUUGACCAUCAACGAGGAGCGCUCCGAGAUCAUCGACUUCUCGGUGCCCUUCGUGGAGACCGGCAUCAGCGUCAUGGUGUCCCGCAGCAACGGCACCGUGUCCCCGUCCGCCUUCCUGGAGCCCUACAGCCCGGCCGUGUGGGUGAUGAUGUUCGUCAUGUGUCUCACCGUGGUGGCCGUCACCGUCUUCAUCUUCGAGUACUUCAGCCCCGUGGGCUACAACCGGAGCCUGGCCAGCGGCCAGCGCGCGGGGGGCUCCACCUUCACCAUCGGCAAGUCCAUCUGGCUGCUGUGGGCGCUGGUGUUCAACAACUCGGUGCCGGUGGAGAACCCCAAGGGCACCACCAGCAAGAUCAUGGUGCUGGUCUGGGCCUUCUUCGCCGUCAUCUUCCUCGCCAGCUACACGGCCAACCUGGCGGCCUUCAUGAUCCAGGAGGAGUACGUGGACACCGUGUCCGGCCUCAGUGACCGCAAGUUCCAGCGGCCCCAGGAGCAGUACCCCCCGCUGAAGUUCGGGACGGUGCCCAACGGCAGCACGGAGAAGAACAUCCGCAGCAAUUACCCGGCCAUGCACAGCUACAUGGUGCGCUACAACCAGCGCGGCGUCGAGGACGCGCUGCAGCACCUCAAAACGGGGAAGCUGGACGCUUUCAUCUACGACGCGGCCGUGCUGAACUACAUGGCCCGCAAGGAGGAGGGCUGCAAGCUCGUCACCAUCGGCUCGGGGAAGGUCUUCGCCUCCACCGGCUACGGCAUCGCCCUGCAGAGGGGCUCCCGCUGGAAGCGCCCCGUGGACCUGGCCCUGCUGCAGCUGCUGGGGGACGACGAGAUCGAGAUGCUGGAGCGGCUGUGGCUGUCGGGGAUCUGCCACCAGGAGAAGCUGGAGGUGAUGUCCAGCAAACUGGACAUCGACAACAUGGCCGGGGUGUUCUACAUGCUGCUGGUGGCCAUGGGGCUGAGCCUGCUGGUCUUCGCCUGGGAGCACCUGGUGCACUGGAAGCUGCGGCACCUGGGCACGCCCGGGCGGCUGCGCUGCCUGCUGGCCAUCAGCAGGGGCAUGUACAGCUGCUGCAGCGCCGAGGACCCCCCCCACGCCCCCCCACCGCCUGCGCGCCCCCUGCGCGCCCCCCACGCCCCCGGCGCUGCCCACGCCCACCCCCCCCCGCGACCCGCCGCCCCACCCCCGAGCGCUGGCGGCCCCCCCGCACGCCCCCCCCCGCGCCGGGGCCCCCCCGAGUCCUUCCACCGCUUCUACGGCCCCAUCGAGCCGCAGGGGCUGGCCGCGGUGACCAGGACGAGGACACGGAGGGGUCCCCGUGGCCCGAGCGGUGACACCGGGGACGAGGAGGACGAGGAGGAGGAGGAGGAGGACGAUGUCACCUGGGUGACGCUGGCAAGGCCAGGGAGGACAAGGACGGGUCCCGUGAAGUGGCACCGAGGAGGACUCGUGGCACUCGUG